CAACAGAAUCAAAAUAAACGAGUUUGCCUCUUCACGAAUUUUCGAUUAAAUGUAGAAAUUUUCAAAAAAAUAAAAAUCUUUCAACUUUUUACUUUAUUUUAUACCGAAUAAAAGACUGAAAAGAUGCAGAAUUUAAUGAAAGCAAUCCCUCGUAUCAGAGCAUUAAAUUAUGCAAGAUGUUACAGCUCGGAAUACCCGAAGAUUACGUCGCAUUACACAGUUUUUCCGCGCGACAAAGAUCCGCGAUGGAAAGACAUCAAUAUGGAACGCGAAGCAGACGAAACUGACUUGCUGAUAAUCGGGGGAGGGCCUGCCGGAUUAUCAGCUGCGAUUCGAGCGAAACAACUUGCGAACGAAAAAGGACAAGAAUUGCGAGUUUGUGUCAUUGAAAAAGCCGCCGAAGUUGGAGGACACAUUUUGAGCGGAGCCUGUCUCGAUCCCGUCGCUUUGAACGAACUCAUUCCCGAUUGGAAGGCAAAAGGAGCUCCCCUGAACACAGAAGUCACGAAAGAUAAGUUUAGUUUUCUCACGAAAAGUCAAAAAAUUCCCAUUCCCGUGUUCAAAAAAUGGCCAAUGGACAAUCAUGGAAAUUAUAUUGUGAGACUUGGGCACGUCGUUCAAUGGUUGGGCGAACAAGCGGAAGAAUUGGGAGUUGAAGUGUAUCCGGGAAUUGCAGCGACAGAAGUUUUGUAUCAUGCGGAUGGGUCAGUGAAGGGAAUUGCGACGAAUGAUAUGGGAAUCGCCAAAGACGGAUCUCCGAAAGAUACUUUUCAACGUGGCAUGGAGUUUCAUGCGAAAACGACGAUUUUCGCGGAAGGAUGUCGAGGACAUUUGAGUAAACAAGUUAUGAAAAAAUUCAACUUGAAUGCCGAAGCGAGUCCGCAAUCUUAUGGAAUUGGCAUUAAAGAGGUGUGGGAAGUGAAUCCGGAACAGCAUCAUCCAGGACUCGUUGAACACACAAUAGGAUGGCCUUUAGACAAAGGAACGUACGGCGGAUCCUUCAUCUAUCACUUGAAAGAGGAACAACCUGUUGUCGCUGUUGGUUUCGUCAUCGGACUCGAUUACAGCAAUCCUUACAUCAGUCCCUUCCAAGAAUUCCAACGUUUCAAAACGCAUCCAAAAAUGCGCCCCUUAUUCGAAGGGGGUACUCGCAUCGGCUACGGAGCUCGUGCCUUAAACGAAGGUGGUUUUCAAAGUCUUCCAAAACUCACGUUCCCCGGCGGAUGUUUAGUUGGCUGCGCUGCCGGCUUCUUAAACGUACCCAAAGUCAAGGGAACCCAAUACGCCAUGAAAAGUGCAAUGUUAGCUGCUGAAAGUGCCUGCGAAGCAAUUUUCAGCGGACAAUCCCAAGAAACGGCUGGCUUGACGCCAAAAUGCUACACAGAUCGCAUCAAAUCCUCGUGGGUUUGGAAAGAGCUUUACGAGAUCCGAAAUGUUCGCCCAAGCUUUCAUAAUCCCCUCGGAUUGUAUGGGGGCGUGACUUAUACUGCUUUCAGCAUUUUCCUCGGAGGGCGUGAACCUUGGACUUUCAAGCAUGAAAAACCCGAUCACGCUUAUUUGAAGCCCGUGGAUCAAUGUCAACCCAUUGAAUAUCCCAAACCCGAUGGAAAAGUCACUUUUGAUCUUUUGUCGUCGGUUGCUCUCACGGGAACAGAUCACGAAGGCGAUCAACCGCCGCAUUUAACGCUGCUCGAUGACACGGUGCCCGUUAAAAAUAAUUUGAAGAUCUACGGAGGACCUGAAGCACGAUUUUGCCCCGCUGGCGUCUACGAAUUUGUCCCGAAUGAGGGUUCAGACAACAUGAGACUGCAAAUAAACGCACAGAAUUGCAUUCAUUGCAAGACGUGCGACAUUAAGGAUGUCAGUCAGAACAUCAAUUGGGUAGCGCCUGAAGGAGGAAAUGGUCCCGCGUAUAAUGGAAUGUAAAUUUCGCUUCGUUUUUUUAUCCGAAAUAUAAAUUUUUGAAAGUUUUUAAGUACA